UCUUCAAGCUCUAAUCUCAGAAAUGGCAUUGAGGAUUGUCUACGGUGCGGUGUUCUUCUCCAUCUCCUGCGCCUGCUCUAUGUCCUCCACCUUAUUCUCCACCCGAUUUUCUACUUCACCUGCUGAUGAUCGGUUUGGUCCUCCGAUUCUUGGUUUCGAUUUUUCAAUACCUUUUGUUAUGAUUGGUUGAAACUGCAAAGGAAACGGAAAAAGUUUUUAUUAUUAUUUUUUUUUUUGCCGUGUAAUUCCAGACUCUUUCCUGUUUGUUUUUGUUGGUUGUCUGUUCUGAGAUGCCGAUUUGUGAUUGCUGUUUGUUUUUGUCGUUUUUAUGUGUAUUCAAUUUUAAUGUCGAUUCUCUGUAUUAUCUCAAUUUUGAAUUUUUUCCGUUCAUCAAGAAAAUUUGUUUGAUUAAAAUUUGAAACGCGAUUGUGAAUUUGUAAUGAAAAUGUUCUAGUUGUCUUCUGAUUUUCGAAGCUUGAGAGUAUACUUUUAGAGAUUUAAUAGUCACAUUCAAAAGAUUUGAGGUCGAAUUGAACCAUACUAGAAAGGUGAAGGAUUACCCAGUUCAAUUUCGUAAUUUCAUUUCGAUUUAUUAGGCUAAAUCGCCACCAAGGGAGUGUGUCUCAUCUGGUGAGAUUUCUUCAUAUUCUUCUAUAUUCAGCUUCUUUUUAAUUA